AUGGCGACGGCGACGUCGCACCCUUCCAAGAGGCGAACUGGCGGCGGCGAAGAACCGUCUGGCGACCGAGCCGAUUUCAUCAGCAACCUCCCCGACGCGGUCCUCGGCACCAUCGUGUCCCUCCUCCCCACCAAGGAUGGCUGCCGCACGCAGGCUCUCUCCCGCCGGUGGCGCCCCAUCUGGCGGUCGGCGCCUCUCAACCUCGAGGCCGACCGCGGCUUCUCCGAGAAGCUCGUCUCCAAGAUCCUCUCGGGCCACCUCGGCCCUGCCCGCCGUAUCUCCCUAAGCAGAAUCCGGCGCCUCCCCCACCGCUACCAAGCUGACGACGACGACAGGAGCAAUGGCUGGCUCACACCCAAUCUCCAAGAGCUCGAGCUCGUCCACAGAUUCGAUUGCCGCCGCAACUCGCUGCCUCCCUCAGUGUUUCGCCUCGCGCCCGCGCUCCGUGUGGCCAGGUUUGGCCUCUGCCAUCUGCCGCCCAACUUGGCAGUGGAUUUUCCGCACCUCAAACAACUCACCCUGCACAUGGUCAGCUUGACAGAGGAGACUCUUCGCGGCGUGCUCUCCGGCAGCCCUGCACUAGAGAGCCUUCUGCUGGACCAGAAUGUAGGCGUUUCCAGCCUCCGCAUCAGCUCCCCAACCCUCAGGAGCAUCGGCUUUUGUGCUCUUUGGAACAGGCAGGUAGUCGAUGGCAUUGUCAAUGUUCAAGAGAUGGUUAUUGAGGACGCUCCUUGCCUCGAGAGACUUCUACCACUCAAUCCAGACUAUGGUCCGGCGACCAUCCGGGUAAUCAGGGCUCCUAAACUGAAGAUAUUGGGUUCGCUGAGUUGCGGCAUAUUACAGCUGCAACUUAGAACAACAGUAUUUAUGGAAAUGAUUGCUGUCAGCUUGACAACCAUAAUGCGCACCGUGAAGGUGUUGGUUCUUGAUAAUUUUGGCCCUGGUCUAAAUGCAGCUCUUGACUUUCUCAAGUGCUUCCCCUGCUUGGAGCGGUUGUACGUUGUUUUAGAAUUAUGGAGAGUGAGGAUGGAUAUGAAGCAUGCCUCACUAAGUUAUUGUCCAAUUGAAUGCCUUGAGCUACAUCUGAAAAAAGUUGCGUUGAAGGUCUACUAUGGUGAGGGUCCAGAGGUUGACUUUGCCAGGUUCUUUGUUUUGAAUGCUAAAGUGCUAGAGAAAAUGGAAUUUGGACUCGUAGGUGGCCAUGAUGACAAAUGGUGGGGUAAUAAGUACAAGCAGCUCCUAGUGGAAUAUCGAGCUUCUCGCGCUGCUCGAUUUGAAUUCAAAAGUUUUUCUACGAGUACUUCCCAAGACAACAAGGAGCGUACCCAUGAUCUGUCGCUAGCUGAUCCAUUUGAUGCCUCCUUCUUGGAUGGUUAUGUUACCCUUUGAGACAGUAUCCGUGACUCAUGUUCAGAGCACGAAUAUCGUUUAUCAGGUGCUCUCGCCCUUUUGAUGCACUAUCUCUAGAAUGUGAUCUACUUCAUGCAGCAACAUAAUAGAAGGUUUUGCGUCUCACUCGGAAGCAUAUAUGUAGAGUGAUGUGUCUAACCACAAGCUCUGAAAAUCGAGAACUUCCGAAUUGUAUAUAAUGGUUCUGUGUAGAAGAUGUAGAACGGGUUUCCGUGUAGUUUAACUUCUGUUCUGCUGCACUUGGAUGCAAUGUACUAUGCUUAAUUGGCAUUACGAAUUUAAUUCGUGUUGGUUGUUUCUGAA